GUCUGAGGCCAUUGACAUCUUGUCGCUGGGCUGUGUGAUGGCCAUCAUGUUGUUUGGAUUUCCACUCUUCCCUGGGAAGACGGACUACGAAUUAGUAUUUUUUAAUGUUUGACCAAUUGUAAAUCAUCACUCUUAAAGGCCACAUACAGUUAUUAUUAAGUUUACCAAUUGUAGACUUAAUUAAGUUAAAUGUCUAGAGUUUUUUUCUCCAGCUGCAGUACAUUUUCAACCUCAUAGGCCCACCGUCAGCCCCUGCUGUUAAUGUUGAAUGGAAAUGGGGACGGUUUUUCCACAAGACAGCUUCCAGUCAGUGGAUACUUAAGACACCUCAGGAGUACUGUAGAGCAACGACCACUGACAGCAGGCACUACACCUUCCGUUCUCUUGACGAAAUGAAGACAACGUGUCUGGAGAAAGAUAAUGCCACAGAGGCUGAUGAGAGGUGGGAGUGCAUUGAGCUGUUGAAGGCAAUGCUCAAGUGGACUGAGAAGGAGAGGAUUACCCCUAGCGGUAUUCUCAAUCACCCAUUUAUUACCAUGAGCUACCUCAACAGCUCCUGGUCUGAAGAAGCUGAAACCAGCCCAAGCCAGGCAUCCGUCCCCAGCGCGAGCCCUGCAGCUAAACCUGGCAUUGACACUGAGGAGGCAGCCGAGCCUCACACCAACCAGGCGACUCAACUGAGCACGAACCAGGCCUCUGACCCCAGCACCAGGCAGGCCCAGACCAGGACCAAAGACACCAUCAUGAGGACUUGUGUAGAUGAUAACACACGAAGAACACACAGGCUGACUUCUACAGCACUGCCAUCCGGUUUUGUCAGGGUUCAGCCUGCUCCUUCACAGAGCAGAAUCCCACCGGAGGAGACGUCUGAGGAGGAGUCCAUCAGUAAAAGUUACACUUUGGCUUCUACAUUUGAGGAUCCCAACACCAGCAACCUUUCGGACAACACAGACGACAGUGAGUCAAAGAAGAGAAAGGAAAACCGCCUCAAAUGCUUCUCUUGGAUGAGGAGGACAUUCUGCUCUUGCUGCUACGUGGACAACAUACAGAAGUGAAUAUCUCUACAAAGGUUUCGUAGCUAAACACCUGAGAGCUUUCUCAUAAUUGUUCUGCUACAAAGGCAGUAGCAUUGCAGCCUCACAGCAGCAGAUCCUGAACUUUUCUGUCAAAUAACUAAAAUCAGAUUCAACACUACUCAUCUUAACAGACAGCGUUUGGGAGCUUGUGGAAGACAAAUAUUUGUUUGUCCUUGAAUUCAUUUUUGAUUGAUAGAAUCUAAUAUAACAUUUUUAAAACUGAUACGAAUCUGUGUAGAUAUAUAUGCACGUGAUAUUGGGGGUUGGGUGGCUCUGGGUGCUGUGGAAAAAGAUUUUAUUUGAAGGGGUGCCAUGGUUUGGAAGAGUUUUGCAAUCACUGCUCUAGGUUCAUAUUUAGCAAAAAGGCAUGAGGGUGGUUCAUCUCUCUAAGGAAGAAAGUGAUAUAUAGGUAAAUGUUUAUUUAACUGAGAAGCCAACAGCAUGAAUUUAAAUAAUGUGGCAAGCUUUUCAUGUACGUUGUGGAAUUAUUGAAAUUAGGUAAUGUCUGCAAGAGAUAGAAACUGGGCCACCUGCUCAUUCUGUCCCUGUUAUUAUCUGUUAAUUUACAAGAAGAGGAUGAAUAACCUUUUCAGCUACAUACGCACACUGCACGCAAACACACACAGGAAGACAACAGUCUUACAUUAGAGGAUAGGAGGCAUGUUUGUGAGGUGAUGUCGCUGCCGUGACCAUCCCACUUGACAAACAUACAAACGCUGUAUCUCAAGCUUGGUUACUCUCAAAACCAACAACCCAAAGGUAACCUAUGCAGCCUUAAAUCAUGAAACUGUGUACUCCCACUG